GCUACCCUUGCUGGUCUAGCCAUGGGUUCUUAUGGCUUAAUAUACCAUUUACUUUAUUGUCUGUUUAAUAUAAGAGACUGAAGGUUUCAUUUACACAGUAGCCUUGUCUGUACCGUGUGUACAGAAUUAAAUGUCGUGCCUUUAUUUAUCGAGAUAGCUAGAUUGGGUGAAUUUCGCACAGUGCGACGGUGGUUGCGCCCAGAUCGCCGUGGCAUUUAGCAGCGCGGAUACGAUCAUUCGGGCUGGCACGGCUGGCGUCGUCGCAGCUCGGCGUCGCCGGCGCAUCGAAAAGCGAGAGAGAACGGCGGGCUCGACCGUACGCUCGCGCCACUGCGCCCGCGUCCGUCCUUACGCGUGCAAGUAUUCCUACCGGUCCUGUGCGUGUCACGCCGAGGCUCACCCUCACACCGUUUCUCGUGAAAUUUGUAUCGUAUACGUGGACCGACGAUCUAUGUGUGACAACAGCCGAUCAACGACAGAUAGAAUUUCCGCGGCACGUCCGUCGCGGUGAUGACGAGUACUAUCGCGACGAAAAAUCGACAGGCGACUUGGUGAUCCCGCGUGGAUGAACGAUGCGAUCGUGCGAUCGAACCUAGGUGUCAGCGACCAAUAAUACAACAAUAUACGUUCGGUGAACUUUAAAUUAGAAAAUUGGCAGGGAUCAAAGGAUCAAAGGGAAAAUUUGCCAAAAUUCGAAAAAUGUGUACUAUCAAAGAGAGGAUUGGAUAGAGAAUGUAACGAGAGCAAAAGCCACUCGUGCUCCGCCUCGAGACCGAUUUAUCCGAGCUUGGGGUAGGGGAGAAAAGUGUGCUACGGCAAAGUUUCCACGAUACACUUCGAUUAACGACGAGUUAUGGAGCACGCUAGCUCGUCUCGUCGAAGGACCGUGAUUACCGUCGUUGCUCAUUUGUUCCAACGCGCGUGUAAAUAUUCACGUUCAUUAGGUACAGUGCGAAACGGCAGCUUUGAAGUUUGCGAGCCGUGGUAUUCCGUCUAACGGAUAACGAAUUUUCGGUGAACGCUUGCCCUCCCCCUCGCUUUGAGAGAAAGCUCUGAUUAUACGAGGGUACGGAGGGCAAAGUCGGUGAUUUAUGGCGGAAAAGAAGGACUGCGACAGGCUCCUCGAAGACGCGAGAAAAACGAGAGUUUAGACAUGCGCUCAUGUAUGGUCAUGCAGUAAAAGUAAACCAUCGAACCUAAUGCACGUUAAUCGACUUGAACUUUACUGGCGAGUAUCAAUUUAGUUUUCCCAUCGCUGGCUAAUGUGUAACGAGAUAUGGAGUUUUAUUUGCCUCUAACGGCCAUUCUCCAUAAGAAGCACAAAACUUUCAUAAUUAGAGGCUAAAUUUCACUCGACGGUUUUAUCUAACUUUGGAUCGGCAGUGAUUCCCGUUGCUUCCUUCUGCAUUAUAUUUCUAUUUACGACGAUACAGACGGAAAGGGGAAAAGAAGAUUCGAUCAGUUGGACAAUCACGUUGUGCAUGGUGCAACCAAGGACAACCAAAAGUUUUCAUCUUCGAGAACCUAAGUAAACGGUCUCAAGACGAACUUGUAUUAUCCAUGAACGAUUUUGAAAAAUCCGUAGCAUCGCGACAUACAUUUGGCGCCAAGAUAAUUGUACGUCGGAUCGAUCUCUUGUCGGAUUUCGCAGUCGAUGGGACUCGGUCGACGAGCGAGCGUGAACAACCGGUUGGCGGAUCGUCUGUCCGCACCAUGCUCGGCCACCAUGCCGAACGGUGCACUCCUGCAACAACGAGGUGCGAGCUGCCGCGAAUCGGCUCGCCGAGAGUUCCCGCCACGCGAGACGUGCCGGAAGCAUUCGCUUCUUUGACGCUCUUCCCUUCAUUCAAUGCGCGCCGUUUGCUGUAUCCCAGGUAGACGGUAUUCAAGCGCGUUACACUAUUGCCGAUUUUGUCGCGCGAUCGAACGCGCCGGCCGGGCGCAUUACAGUCGGAAUACGAAAACAGAUGGCUAGAUGAAAACGAUGGAUGACGAGUUCCGUGGAGAUAGGCGAGCGAAGUGACGGGACGAUAGAAUAAGAGGCGUGUUCGCGAAACGGUGAAAUAUUGGACGUAAUUCGAAGUGUAAUACAGUGAGAUAAGUAUACUCUGAUCUCGUGAGUGCGCCGCAGUUGCUUGAGCCGGUAAUUUUCACGUCGAAUCCCGGCUCGUUUUCGUGAAGAGAGAAGAGGGGCAUGAGGAAUAAGCAUACGGAUAGCACGUAGCGACUGGCCCCUUCUCGUUUCGGAGAUGCGGUGCUAUCCACUACAUAUCGACGUCGCCCUCACCGUCGUGCUAUUGGCGAUCUGUGCAAACAUCGUGAAAGCCGGCAAACGAGAGAGGGAGGUCUGGUAUGAAGCAGCGACGCGGGCGAUUGAGACGCGUAUCAGGGAGGCAGCGAGUACCAGCGUUAGCGGCACGACGCCGCCGUCAGGGAUGGCGCGCGGCGUCGUCCUCUUCGUCGGCGACGGCAUGGGGAUGAGUACCUUAACGGCGGCGAGGAUCCUCGCGGGUCAGCGUCACGGAAAUCCGGGCGAGGAGACGCAGCUUGCAUGGGAGAGCUUCCCGGCGGUGGCGUUGGCGCGGACGUACAACAUGGACGCUCAAGUUGGCGAAUCGUCGGCAUGCGCGACGGCAUUACUCUGUGGAGUUAAAGCCAAUUACGAGACUGUUGGUCUGGAUUCAUCGGCACGUUUCGAGAACUGUUACUCUAGUUUAGAGGCGCACGUUCCUUCACUUAUUAAUUGGGCCCAGGAUCAAGGCAAAUCGACGGGGCUGGUUACAACCACCAGGGUUACACACGCGACACCGGCGGCUCUUUAUGCACACGCGGCCAGCCGUUACUGGGAGGACGACGGCAAAGUGCCACCUGCUGCACGUACCUCUUGCAAAGACAUCGCGCGUCAGCUGCUCGAAGACGAGCCCGGCUGUAACAUCACUGUGAUACUUGGUGGUGGCAGACGUCACUUUGUACCGAAAGUGACUUUAGAUCCCGAAGAGCCGGAUAAGGAAGGCAGACGAUUAGACGGUCGAAAUCUUAUUGAAGAAUGGUCCAGGAACCAUCGUAAAAGGAACAUAGCCGCAAAGUACGUCGCCAAUAAGGAGCAAUUUGAAAAGGUGGACGCGCGAAGAGUGAACCGAUUGUUAGGUCUUUUCGCCUAUUCUCACAUGGACUUCGAUGUCGACCGGAACACGAACGACACCGGCGAUCCUUCUCUGGCCGAGAUGGCGAUUAAGGCGCUUCGGAUACUGGCGAACAAUCCCGAGGGAUACUUUCUCUUCGUGGAAGGUGGAAGAAUCGACCAUGCUCACCAUUACAACAACGCUUAUCGCGCCCUGGAUGAAACGCUGGCACUGGAGGAAGCCGUCGAGGCAGUUAUGAAAGAGGUCGAUCUCACGGAAACGCUUCUCGUGGUAACGGCGGAUCACUCGCACGUAUUAACCCUCGGCGGACUGGCGACGCAUCGUGGAAAUCCCAUAUUCGGCUCCGACAGCAAGGUGUCGGACGUUGACGGACAGCCCUACUCGACGUUACUCUACAGCAACGGCCCGGGUUACAUGCAUCCGCGAAACAUCCUGCGAGAGGCUGGGAAAGAUUCCAUUCAGACGUCGGGCGUGCCGAGGGCGUGGGCGACGCAUGGGGGAGAGGAUGUGCCGGUGUUCGCCGUCGGGCCCCUCGCGAGCAUCCUGUUCUCCGGUAGCGUCGACCAGAGCUACAUUCCGCACGCGAUCGCCUACGCCGCCUGCCUGGCCCAUCACGCCAGCCGCUGCUCCCGGGAUCCUACAAACAACGCGAAUGCCAGCGACACAAUGAACGCCGCGCCGAUAAGCUGUCCCUCGGCAGAGCCGAACAGCGCGGCGAUAUCCAGUGACGUGAUGAACGACCGUAUGCGAAAUCCACCCCCGAAAUCCAUCGCCGGUCCCUGCCGCUCGUUGGUCGGCAGCCCCUCGCUGCUGUUGAUGCUAAUGCUAUUGCUGCCAUUGCUGUCGCCGCUGAUGCCUCUGAUGCCCGUCGUUCUUCUCAUUCCCCGGUAUCCCCUCGAAAGGACGAGUUAAUGCGCUCAUUUCUCCCGCGUCCGAGGAGGAGAGCGGCCUCCUCUGUGCGACGUCGGAGAGAAGAUACACGACAGCGCGGAGAAGCCAUCGGAAUACCGGCAUCCUGUUGCGAACGCGUAAUGACGGUCGACGGAGCGACCGCAGUGUAAAUUUAACAGGAUGCGGGAUCCUUCGAGAGUGCCUCGUUCCAAACGAGUAGUGAUCGCCCGGCGCGUUUCUCGGUGAACCGUUAAAUGGAUCGUUUGCCCAGCAACCAUAUGCUGCGAGGGUCAUUGAGUGUUGCUGCCAGCAACGUCACGGUACAGCGCGGAGGGCUCUCGGAAGGACGAGUUUCGAGAGCGACUUAAUGGGAAGGAUCCGUCUCGCGAGGGUCUCCUCAAAGAAAGGCGUAUCUGCAUCUUCUCGUGUGAAACGAUACGCCACGCGAUAUCGAUGAGAUGAAACGACGCGCGCGGCGUAUCGCUGUUGAUCUUCUCUCGUGUGUUUUUGAUCACGUCUCGGUAUAUAAUCGAAUAUUUCUACUUUAUGUAAUAGUUUAAUUGAUACAUUCUUGUUGAGAGAUCGCACAAAGGCUCUACAAACUUUACGCUAAUGAUUAAAGCUCUUUCAAUAAAGAGCUUGAAUGAGAAGAUUGAAGGCAUCUCUCUUAUACUUACUCGUUAUUUCAAGAAAUUUUAGAAGUUAUGAAAAUUCACAGCGCUCUCUAAUGUAUUGUUAAUAUUUCCAUUGUUAUCUUGUAUAGUGCAUUUCCCUAUAAUUUUUCUUUAAUACUUCUUUAUAAUUAUGUUUUCACAUGUCUCUCUCACAUGUCUCUCUGAAGGAAUUGAGUUUUUGCAUGAGAAGAUUAAUUACAUUGAUCGACUUUGCGAAAUGUUUCACUAUUGCUAUCUUUCUCUUGAUCAAUUAAGAAUGAAAACUAUUUCAAUCAAGAUGAAGAUUUUGUCAAAAUUUUGUUAAAGAAGUUUACUUGAAUUAAAUAUUUAGCAAAAUCGAAUCUAAAAUAGAUUUCAAAUGCUUAAAAUCAAUAAAUAUUUGAACCGGAGCCCGAAGGAUUUGACCUAGUUUCACUUUUUAUUGUCUAUAAAUAUUAUUUAAAGUUCCUGUUGAGUAAUAAAAAGGAAGAAAGAAAAUCAGCUUUGCUUUCUAAUUAAUCAAAGAAUCCGUGGGCAACAAGAAUGGCGAUGUUAUUGAAACAUUCCGCAUGCCCCGAAGAUCCGUUCGCCUGUCUUUCGAGUGUGACUUAUCGUAAUUCUCGGACGCAUGUUACGAUUUCUUGCCGUAUGGUAGCAUAUUGCAACGAACCGAUGUAACGCAGCCUCGCCGAUCUAACAAACUGUCCAACGGACAGCAGCGCUCGAGUCGUAAGAAUUCAAGUAAGUAAAAUGUAAAUAUAUAUUUAAAAAAUGAAGCAAACUUAAUGUAUAAAUAUGAGACACGUGUCAUCACACAUCGAAUGUAAACUACAGGUAGGAUUUAAUUGCCGAAUCGAGACAGACUUCUAAAUGCACGGUGACACGCUAUCCCUAUGGUCGUCAUUUAAUCUUUGCACCUUUUUUUGGAUUAUUUUAAAUUGGACCAGAACUAAUUUUAUAACGCGGGUGCAACAAUUUCUCACGGAAUUUAUUUUGCACCGAGCGAUUAAGAGGAAAAGUAAUUCACAGGUGAAAUUCUCCGCACUUUACGUAUAUCGCGCUACAUCGCUUACAUCAUGACGUCACUUUUAUUUCGACUAUGCUUCUCGCAACAUAGGAUAGUCUUCGAAAGCGACUUCGUUACGACGGCGAUUAGUUGUGCACUUUUGUGCCGAUUAGUCUGACAGUUCGUCUCGCUCCAUUUCCCAGAUUCGUCUGCAUCGGGCGAUUAUUACUGAAUAAUCCACCCGCGCCGUCUUUUCGAGUUUAUUCGUAAUGUAUCGCGAUAUCGCGCUGAAUGGGAAUUGGAGAUUUACCGGCGGCGCACUCAUGUAUUUGUGUAGUACCGAGGGAAUUGCAGCUGCGAGAGUUUCUUCGCCAUUCAAUUCUCCAGAAUCCAUUCUCACGAAGGAGUGUUUCCAUUUCUAGUUUUGAUGGGAUCGUGUGAAUUUUAUAGAACAUUUCGUGCGUAUUUGCAAGCCGUUCUCUAAGAGUUGAUUUGCCUUUUACGCGUUGAAUUGCAGUUCUGAAUUAUAGCCCCUCGGUAAAUUGGCGAACAGAUUGAUAAUUGAGCCAACAGAUUGCUAUUUUAGCUUUGUUUUCACUUGCAGCGCUACUUAAUGAAGAUAAAAUUUGCGUGUGGAAUAAUAAAAAUACGCAUCAUCUAUCUCGAGUGUGAAAAGCAAAAGAUAUCUUGCAAACAAACAAAUAUUUGAACUUUACUUCAAAUUUAUUAUUAAUUUUUCGCGAUUAUGAAAAGCUUGAAAAUUUUGCGUUUAAUAAUAAUUGUUGGCUUUGAGCAUUUCUCUCUCUCGGUCUUUUUUUUUUUAUUAAACAUCAAAUAUAUUGGUGAAAUUAUCGCAACAGAUUGUUGUUACGAAUAUCUCUGGUGUAAUACUUGCCGAGCUUAAAUCCUUCUAUUAGAUCUGUGCCGAUGGAAUUUAGCAAUUUCAUGCAGGAAGAGACAAACAAUGUCGGUAAAGAAUUGUUUCUUUUCACGAAUAAUACGUACGCUGAAUUCGAGAAGUGGGAAAUACCUUUGCAAACGUGUGCACAUUCGUCAAGCAAUAUUUUUAUCUCGCUACCAAUUUCACUGCAUCACGUGUGUAUUCUUGAAUAGUGAUGAUAUUUUUUUGAUAUUUCUACUCACGCGGGGAAAUGUCUCGGAGAUCUACAGCCUUCUCAAUGUGCUCACAGUCGGCAGAGACAUUAGCAAGAUAGAUGCAACGAACCGUUAUUUUUUUAUCCAUUGGGCGUGCUGACUCAGUAAGGAUUUUGCGGCGAGGAUAUGAAGGUCGAUUUCUUUUGCUAAGAGUGGCUUAUUUCUAUUGCCCUUAUUUUAUGCAGGGUAUGAAAACCAGGAGAUAUCUCGUAAACGUGCAUACGUCGAGCAAUAUAUUUAUUUCGUUUUUGACUUGUAAGAACUUGCCUCCUGGAAUAUUCAACCUCGAAUUUGUAGAGAAAAAUAAAGGUACAGAACGUAAGGCAAUAUAUCGCACGUAUAUGUAUAUGUUAACAAAUGACAGCCUCGAGAUGGCUGAAGUUAAACGACGAUGGAGGCUUUGGUAGGGUAAAUUCAUCCUCGGGACGACGUCGUCUUUACGAUCGCACGACGUAAAAAGUGGUGCGAAGUUCUACGGGCACCGUAAAUUCUCUCGGUUUAUAGAUAGACGCCGUAAAACAGUUAUAAGAACAACGAGUGGGACCGAGCGUGUUUCCCUGCAUAUGUUAGGGCCAGAGCAGAACUUAUUAUUAUCCCGCCGACUUAUUAUUAUCCCGAUUAUUAUCUUAAUUGUCAUUAUUAUCCCAAUGCUAAUUAUUGAGAUAUUCGCGCAGCAAUCACGGUUUCCUUACCUAACGCUUAACGCGAGUUUUUUAUGGCAAACCAAACGAACAUCUUGAUGAAAUAGAAAACGGAUGAAAUUAAUUUGGAGAAUAUACACUGCAUAGUUGCUUAUUCGACAGGAUCAGGAAUGUAAAUGUUACAUUAUUAACAUAUUUUAACAUAUUUUAUUGCAAUUUAUUUUAUAAAAGAUGCAUGUCGCGACAUUAUUCUUUGUCGAAAAAUGAGCUAAUCUAUGAAAUAUGAAAAUACGCACUUCUUAAGCUCUCAUCUGGUGAAAAGAAUUUUAAUAAACUGAACACCUCGAGAAUACAAAUAACGAAAUCUUAUUCCUCGGUUGAUCGUUAUAUAAUAUAAAAGUCUUGAUUUUUUAUCAUAAUCAUGGAAAUAUUUCAUAUCCCAGUUUCAACUAUCAGAAUAGUGUCUAUAAUUUUGGCAAAGGAGAAAUAAUUUUUCUCAAAGUUUUAUUCAGUUUGCCAAAUUAUGCAAUAUGAAAAUCUUAAUUUGUACCGCAGUCGUCAAGAUGUUUUAUAUUAAAUUUCUAACAGCUGCGGGAAAUUUAAUGUCUAUAUUUUAGCAAAGGAGAAAUUGUUUCAACUUUUGAUGGAAGAUCAUUAAUAUAAUACUCUUAUUAUUAGCAUUAGAAUUAUUACAAAGCAGUCAAAAUGACUGAUUUUUAUUUUUUUGAUCAAAUUUAUAACAUCUUUUGAAAUUUUUCAUGAUUAUUAUUGCAAUAUGUAAAAGUGUAUGAUGAAAUUGAUUAAUUUAAAUUUGUAAAAUUGCUAUUGUGCGCGUAAUAUAAAACAAUUUUUACGCAUCAAAUAUCGAGUUUUUUACAAACAUAUAUUAAUUGUUUUAUUAAUUAUUUUAAUGUGAAUUAUUAUAUCAAUCUUUUUAUAUCGGUGUAUUCUUUCUCUACUUAAAAUUAAAAAUUUUAAUAAUCUGGAUAAUUUAAAUAUUAAUAAUUAAAAAAUAUUAUAAAAUAUAAUAACAAAAUUUGUUAAUUUGUGUCAUAAUAGUGGAAAUAGUAGAAAUAGCCAUACAUUUUGUAUACGUUAAACAUCAAUAAUUCUCGUAUUAAACGCGCUACAAAUUGAUUAUUUACAUGUAAAAAGAUAUUAUAUUUUUAUUUAAUAUUUAAAUGUAUAAAUACAUUGUUAUGCAAAUUUGUUAAAACGUAUACAAGCUGUAUCAUUUAUUUACCGUUCGCUAUCGACACAAACGGUUUUCCCUUCGCACAUACCUCAAGCAUUUUAACUGGUUAUGAAUAAAAAAUGAACAUGGUAAUUGCUGAGCUUUCCUAAUUUUUAGCAACUUAAGAUACUUUACUGUUGUAGUUUGAAUGCAAGAUAUCGAGUAACAACGACUCGUUGAUGGAUAAAUGUUACCAACCACUGCGCUGGCGCAUCAUGUAAAACUGAAUAUACAAGUAGUAAAACGGUGAUAAAAAUGAAAAAAUAGAACGUUUCGCAGACAAGAUACACGAGAUGAUGGUACUUGUGAAUUACAUUGCGUCCUGUUAAACGCACCGUACACGAUCCGACUCUACAUUCCUCCAACUCGCAUUCGCGUCGUUUAAAACUGGAAUAAAGUUUAAUCCAGGAAAUUACUAACAAGUGCUACGUUUUAAUUGGCCUGUGUGUUUUAAGUGAGUUGAAAAUUACAAAUUAUUUAUCCGAACUUUAAAUCAAAGCAACGUAGAAUCGUAUUUACCGAAAAGUUGUCAUGCCGCAAAGAAACUCUAAUAUCGAGUUGCGUAUAACGUUGCAUAAGAUUUCGAUGGUGUCCGACAACAACAUAUUAGACGCAAAGUUAAUCCUUUUUUGCGGAAAACAAUUUCCAUUAAUAUUUAUAUCAGAAAUUCGCGUUUUGUUAAUGUUUAAAUAUACAUGAUGAAUAACGAUGCUAAUAUAUUUAUUACGAAAUAAAAUUACAUAAAUUAUAGCGUAUAAAUUUUCCGUAGUUGGUAACAUUGUCUGCCACCAUCAACUUUUGAUUAAUUUUAUCGGCAAAUAAAUGAAAAUGUGUCAACGCACCGUAUAAUCUAAAACGUUUAAUCGCGAACAUGUGACGCAUGGCAUUCAAAUCGUUAGGCAUUCAAGCUGAGCUUACAUUUCGAGGGACAUAUGUUUAAAUAGAAUUCUAGCGAUCGUGCGAUGGAUCACGUGAGACCAAAUUACGACAAGAGAACGCGAUACGCGACUUCACCGAUCUAUAUAUUUCUGUAAAGAACAUCACGAAUUAUUACGAAUGUAAUUUAUUAUAGAUAUCUGUAUACUAUUGUUUCAUAAAAAAAAGAAACCACAAAACA